GGCGGCCGUUAUCUGCAUGACAGCCGUACACGCACAGUUCCAGCAGUGGCGCAGCCAGAGGCUGGUGGCGGCAGGUCGUCCGCGCGGCUACCCGCGCCAGGGCCGCGCCCCCACUUACCGCGACUUCGCAUUCCGCAGACCGCACACCCACAUGCCGCCACCGCCGCCGCCGCAACAGCACACCAGCGCAAGCCGCGUCGUCGAGGUGCCGGAGGCGAACCCGUCGCCUACGAUGCCACCGGAAACGAGCCUCUCGCUGCGCGACAUCCUGCCUCUCAACCCCAAGCACUACGACAAGAACCGUGCUCCCAAGGUGCAGGGACAGCCCACAAUCGUCUACUUCCACGUCACCGUCCUGUCGCUAGAUUCCAUCAACGAGGAGUCAAUGACAUACGUGGCAGACAUUUUCUUAGCACAAAGCUGGAGAGACCCCCGGCUCCGCCUACCUGAGUAUAUGAGUGAAGAAUAUAGAAUACUGGAUGUUGAGUGGCUUCAUGACAUUUGGAGACCAGACUGUUUCUUCAAGAAUGCCAAAAAAGUCACAUUCCAUGAAAUGAGUAUUCCAAACCAUUAUUUAUGGCUAUAUCAUGACAAGACUCUACUGUAUAUGUCCAAAUUAACUUUGGUGUUGUCAUGUGCAAUGAAAUUUGAAUCUUAUCCUCAUGAUACACAAGUUUGUUCAAUGAUGAUUGAGAGCUUAUCUCAUACAGUUCAUGAUUUAGUAUUCAUAUGGAAUACAACAGAUCCACUAGUUGUGAACCCUGACAUAGAACUACCACAGUUGGACAUAUCUAACAACUAUACUGGAGAUUGCACCAUUCCUUAUUCCACAGGUAAUUUUACAUGCCUGGUAGUUGUGUUCAACUUAAGAAGACGCCUUGGUUACCAUCUGUUUCACACAUAUAUUCCUUCUGCUCUCAUUGUUGUUAUGUCAUGGAUAUCUUUCUGGAUUAAACCUGAAGCCAUACCUGCAAGAGUGACACUUGGUGUAACAUCACUUCUAACAUUGGCUACACAAAAUACACAGAGUCAACAGUCCUUACCUCCAGUGUCUUAUGUGAAAGCCAUAGAUGUGUGGAUGUCUUCAUGUUCUGUAUUUGUGUUCUUGUCACUUAUGGAAUUUGCAGUGGUAAAUAACUACAUGGGACCAGUAGCUACAAAAGCAAUGAAAGGCUACUCUGAUGAAGAUAUACCAAAUGCACUAGAUGAUUUUAAGGAACUGGAACCUUGUGGUCGAAGUCCGAUGCGUCCAAUUACUGCUCAAAUGCCACAGUAUUCAACUUUCUGCCAUGGUCGAGAAACAGCUUUAUACAUCGAUAAAGUUUCACGAUUUUUCUUCCCAUUCUCCUUUUUUAUUCUUAAUGUUGUAUACUGGUCAACAUUUUUGUGAAUUCAGGGAGUUACUUUUUUUUACAAGAACUUAAUAUUUUUAUGAAAGUCAAAUUCCAUAACUAAUGUCAUGGGAUUAAGCUGUGUGCUUUCACCCAAAUACAUUCUGGGGGCUGCUUGUGCAUAGACUCUUAUUGUCAAAACUUGAGAUAACUGAUGCACUGAAGUGGUACAACUGUUAACACAUUAUCUAGAAAGUGCAAAGUGUUUUAUUUCUCAUAAUGUAUGACAAAUUGUACUGUUAUGUACAACAAGAAGAUUUCUUAAAUGAAUUUGUGAAGUAACAUAGUAUGAGAACUGUUUACUUGUUCAUUUUUUAUAUGUGAGAGUGGAAUGUGAGUGACAAAUAUAUAAAUAUGCUAUUACUUCUUCAAAUACUGUCUCUGAGUUCAAAUUAAACAGUGGCUUCAACGAAGUGUUGUGUUAGGUUAAGAUCAACUACCAUUUUUGUACUAUGCUAUAUGU